CCUUUCCUCCUGACCAGCAACUUUGGCCUGUGAUUUUGUCAUCCAUUUGCAACAAUUGAAACAGUAGUUGAUAGAAGGAUCAGCAGGCAUCUAUUCAACCACCAAACUGACCACCAAUACUGAAUAUUUAAGCCUUAAGGCAUUUAUACACCACACCCAUCACCUGGUAGGGGCUGAGGCUGAUGGAAGUUGUAAUCCAAAAUUUCUACAGGGCAAUAGGGCGCAGUAAGUUGUUGUACUGCUUUUCAGGCAGACCUCACAAAGCUAUUUAUCUGUUAUUAAAUCGGUAUACCACCCUUCAUCCAAAGAUCUCAGGGCAGUUCACAGCAUAAAAAGACACAAACAAGAACGAAAGCAAAGCAAAACAACCCCCCAUACACAUCUAAAAGUACAUGGAAUGUUAAUUGGCCAAAGGCUUGGUUGAAGAGAUGUUUUCGCCUGGUGCCUAAAGGUGUAUAAUGAAGGUGCCAGGCAAGCCUCCCUGGGGAGAGCAUGCCACAAAUGGGGAGCCACUGCAGAAAAGGUCCACUCUCAUGUUACCAACCGGCAGACCUCUCCUGGAAUCCAUUUGCAAUAGCCAGAGAAGACUGAAGAGGACUGAGGGGAGAAAGUUGGGUGUCUACUAUAGAAAUAAGCAACUGGCAGCUCUGCCAAAUCCAGCCCCCGAAAGGAUUUUAGCUGCCUCUUUGUUACUAACAGGUAUGAAUAGUUUCAUAUGAUAACGUAACGACUUGAAAACCACUCUGGAAUGAGGAUUGUGGUCUUGGUUUCUACUGUAGGAAAACUAGUUGCUGACAACCACCACCGUUGCUCUACAUCUACCCUCCACAACAACAACAACAACAACCAUUGCUCUACAUCUACCCUCCAGUUGCCAUGUGAGAUUGAUGGGUAAGCUAGGUCCCCCAUUACUCAACAAUGGGGCGGAACAGAACCCCGCCACCCCAGCUCCAUCAAGGGCAACCUGUACUGUAUGCUUGCAGUUUGCUAGAACCUUUGGUACAGUAGCCAAAACUCUGAAGACACACUAAAUUGCCACAUCCCGCUUCCUCCAUCCCCCAGGGGCACUGUCACAGGCUGGACACAACCUGUGCCAGAGGCCCUGGGAGAUUGAAGAGAAUGUGCAUGGCAGGCACAUCAUGAUUCUUUGCAAAAUCAUGGUCUAAUAGAAUUCCGAAUAAGAUGGCAAGGUAAGCCAUAGGGAAGAAAUUCAUAGCAGGCCUAAUGUGGUCUGUAAGCAAUUACUUCAAAGAUCAUGGCAGCACUUCAAAUAAUGAGGACAAGAAACAUUUUUAAUUUGAGGAUAUCGGGAACCUUAAAUUCUUCAUAGGAUCCAGUUCAUUUGUGGAUAAGGCACAUCUCACAAACUGACAACCCUUGUGAAAUUUGGAAUGAGCUAAACGUAUUCUGGACGUUUGGUGCAUGCCCACCUUUUCCCCACCACCACUCUCUGCCCUUUCCCUUAUUCCACCAAUAGACCAUGGCACUACAAACUGAAUCUAGGUUGUUGGGGUCUGCCUCCAUGUUUCUCAACCUUUGGCUUGGCUGAAGGAGAGGUCUGUUGGAAAAGUAUGUGGAUGAAUUUGGUGCAUGUGCAGAAAAGAUGUCUUCUCCACUGCCAUCUUGGUGUGUUGGCCAGUGAGCUAAACAGUGGUACCAGUCUUUAAGGGAUAGGAGGAAGUCUUCUAAUUAGGCCCCUUUUCUGGACAACUCUCCUCAAUGUAUUGGCACGUCGCUCCUGCUGUAGCCAGUAGAGCAUCUCCACUGUAUCCCAUGCCAUCUUCUGCAGGUAUGGGCGUCCCUUAUAGGUCACUGUGUCAUUGUAAGACUCUUUGAUAUUGUUCAGGAUGAUAUAGAGCUCUGAGUCAUACUGGGCCAACUCAGAGCGCAAGCGGUUCCUGGUUCUGGAUUCCUUCAUUCGUGCUAUGAAGGAGCGGGGGGCCAGGUUGAACAAGCGGUUUGGAUUCGAAGCAGUUUCUUCAAACUGUUCCAAAUCAGCCAGCAGGAGUUCUCGGUCCUGGAUAGACCGUGCUGCUGUCUCCCAAGCUUGGAGCAUGUCUGGGAGCAGCCAGUAAUAUGGGUUGGCGCUGUACUUAAUUGCCAUAUCCAGCCUUUCCUGUUCAGAGAAAUGAAGAACUGUCCACAGUCUUUCCAGCCUUCUCUGAAAGACCUUGAGAUCCUCAGAUGUGUGGUCAGAGCAAAAAACAUUUUCCAACCCCCGCAGCAUGGCACAUUGGGAAUUCCACUUCCCAUGCUCAAACUCUUCCUUCUUGGUUUGAAGUUCAGCAGCUUUCUUUAUCACGUCUCUCUUCACUUUCACUUGUUUCUUUACUUGCACCUCAUCUAAUACAGGCUGUUGCUCCUCAUCUUCCUUAACGCUGUAUAAAUGAAAUAUCACUGGCAAAUAGUCAGACUCCUUGGUGCCAAUGUAUUUCAAGUAAUCAUCAGUGUUGAAUGUUGCUUUCCACCAUUUAAGCCAAGAGGUUUUUUUACCAGUAUUUUUUUUGAAGGGUACAUUUGGGCUCUCUGACACUUCCUCAGGGACAAAUGGUCCAGGUGGCAGGAUGUUACUCAGCUCUUUAUUAAUGACCUGUUCACUUUUCCCCCUAGUCAAUGUUGAGGAAGCAAAGCACCCAGCCAGUUCAAUGUUGGUUGCAGGGGAUUCUAUCAUGGGCCCUAGGUCAAAUUUCAGGUGGUCUUUUGGGAUAGUAUUCAUUAGUUCCUUGUACAUCUCCCUGACCUCUUCACCAGUGGAAAGAUUUGCAUCUAGAGACUUCACUGUAGCAUUAUCUAUCUCUCCAAGGAGGUGGUUGUAAAUUACUGGACAUAUCUCCAUAGACACAGCUUCUACAUAGGUUCUUUCUGACACUUGCAUAUCAGCUGCCUUCACAACCAUCCUUUCGUUGACUUUAAAGUUCACUGUUGCAGCCUGAGGAUGUGUGGCUGGGGCAGCAAUCAUGGUGUUCUUCCGUGACAUCUCAAAGGACUCCUCUCGUUGCAGAGAGCAAAGUAUUCUCUGAAGCUGCUCAAGGCGAACCUCAUUAGUCUUGCGCCGUGUCAAGGCUUUAAUUAGGGGAGGGAGCUCUAAAUCCUCAUCCUGCUCUCCUUUCUGCUGGCUGCUUUUCAGGACUGUUCUCUGUGCUAGUCUUCGGAGGUCCUCAGCCAGCCCGGCCAUUCCCUUGAGCCCAUCAUCUUCAGUGGUCUCACCAUAAUGACAAGGCAGAUCAGGGCUGAUAGGGCGCACAGAUAAACGAAUUCCAAGUUCAUCUGCUAGGAGCUGUCCAACUCUCAUAUUGGGCAACGACUGGCUCCUCUUGAGACUGCUGGAAAUGGCAUGCUUAACCCGCUGGAGUUUAGGCCGAUCUCCUAAAGUACUGGUGCAUGAGCAUGGCAUUGUCAUCACAUCAGACUGCAUUUGUCUAAAGUGGCUACUAGAGUUUGGUCUUGGUAGAUUUAACUGCUUUAUUUUGUUCAUGUCUAACAAAGGUAAGUCCUCCAAUUCCUUGAUAUCCUUCGCUAUCUUCUGUCUCAUCGUUGGUAUGUGAGGUUUCAUAAGCCUGAUGAAGUAGUCAAUGCUGAAAUGCAGAUUGCACGCGUCCAUCUGCGUUGACCUCCAACCCGCCAUACUAACCCGUUUCCUGGACGUUUCAGUCUGGCGGAGUUGCAGGGUCUUCGUGUCCAUUAUUAGGCGGUGGCGGACAGCUGCUACAUUGAGGAGCCUGGAACAGUCCAGAGAGAGUUGGGCAGAGAAGCGAGUUAGGUUAGCACAGUCCGUGAAGACAGACAGUGCACGAUGGCGCUCCAUGACAGACAGAUAGCGACGGAAAAGGUGCUGGCAUACCAAGCCAAUGUAAGUCACCAGGUGCUGGUAGAGUUCCCUAUUUUCCUGGGGACUGAAGGCUGGGUCAUAUAGGGAACGUUGUACAUCCUUAAAGAUGUGCUUGACCUCAGUUAGGAUGACCUGCUGGAAGGCCCGCUGGUGUGGGCUGGGUAUUUGCUGCCACUGGGUCCCCACCUCCAUCCGGCCUUUUAGCAGCUGCAUGAGGUUGGCCAGGGAGAUGGGCACAGGCACAGGCUUCUGCAGGGACGAGAUGGCAGAGGACCCUUUGUCGAUCGAGCUCCUCAACCUGGAGACGGUGGCCGGGAAGAGGGACAGGGGGGCGAGGAUCCGCUGGUAGUGGUCAUGCAGCUGCUGGCUGGCCUUUUCCGUGUUGUCUAGGGCGUACACCUCGCGCCGGGGAAGCGCGACAAACGAAUUCAUGGUGGGGAGCUCGGCGGAAGCUGCAGCUGCAGCAGCGACAGCAACCCCAAGGUGGCUUAUGGAGUGGUCGUCAUGGUUACUCCACAACGGACUACUCGGCGCCAAUCGGCUUCCCCGAGGGACGCUGAGCGCGAGAGUUUGGUUCCGGACCUGGUAAAAGGGCGCGCGGACUCCGAAGAGGAGGGGGCAGGAAGUGACGUCGUCACCUCCGUUUACUGAUCUUUUUACACGACGAGUCGGUCGCCGAUCAUAGAGAUGAGCUAGUGUGGCAGGUCAGCGACUUCCGGGUUCCUGUUUUGUGUUUGUACAAGCGGGUCCGGCGGGCAACAUUUCCCCGUGAAGGGAAAGGAAGGAGGCGGCGGCGGCGGCGAUGGAGGCACCUCCAGGAGGCGGUGGAGGCAGCUGCAAGGUGGGAUAGAAUCCCCCGCCGGGGGUGGACCACUAAUUCCUUUGACCAGCCGUUAUCUCGCCUUAAAAAGCAGAGGCAUGACAUGCAGAAACCCAGCAGGGGAAGUUUUUCUCUCGCCGCGUCUGCCACUGUUGUGUUUCUGCCUGCUAUGGCAAACAUGCAGGAAGCCUUCCGUGAGGGUGGGUGGAAUUGUUACCUUUUAUCGGAUGGUUGGAGAAACGGGCGGCAGAACAGACGUGCAAAGUCCUCCUCCAACGGUAGCUCCAGUUAGGAAGGAUCGCGCAGCGAGGGAUGGAAAGGCCCUCCUCUGCCUGAGGUCCUGGAAAGCCAUUUCCAGUCAGAAGAGACAAUGCUCAACUUGAUGGACACAUACAGCUUACAUAUACACAAUAGAUAUAUAGCUUUAAUACUAUUAGUGUUUAAUUGCUUUUUAAUGAAUAUCUUUUCAUGCUUUUAUCUUUUAAAUUGCCUUUGGGGGAAAGGCGGGAUAUAAAGAUGAUGACAAUAAACGUGCAGGAUGAUGGUGUCCAUGGACAGGGUAUGAAGCAGAAAGGCUGUUGAAUGGGUGAAGGAUUCAAACUACUGCCCCUAAUAUAGUACUAACCUUCUCCUGUGAACAUAAUGUGCUAAGGAGGACCACCUGCCCACCAGGUUCAGCACUGUUCCUCCUGCUUUCCUUGAAUAGUGUCUGGUAAUUUGAAAUCAUGUUCCAGCUGCAGAUCAGUAAGAGUUAUUCUGCAUUCUACAUAAAACGACAUUUUUCUUUCUUUCCUUUUUUAAAUAAGCAGCUUUGGACUCAUAUGAUCUUCUCUCACCUUUUUACAGCUGGAGUUUGCUGUCCAGAUGGUGUGUCAGAAUUGUGUUGAGGCCAUUCGGUCAUCUCUGCAGGGAAUACCAGGUGAUCAGAUGAUGAAGGCUUGUGGCAUUUGUCAGGAUCCUAUGGCCCUCCAGAUGCUGUUGAACUCCAACUACCAUCAGCCCUAGCCAGCAAGGAUGAUGGUAGUUGAAGUUGAAUAACAUCUGAAGGGACAAUUCUAAACCCUGUCCAGGGAGUGGGCAUUUUUCCUGUUCCUUGGGCGCACUGCAAUUUUAUUUCCCCCCACUGCUCACAUUGACACUCCUCAGAAAGCACAGCAGUACUAAAAAAAUGUGUUACAAUAUCAGCACAAUUGUCCAUCUAGGUCUUCCAUCUUGUCUACAGCUACCAUACGACAUCAAAAGCCUUUCUCCAGGUGCUUCUGUCUAAAUCUGCCAAGAUAAGUGUGGGGAAUCUUUGGCCAUCCAUAUAUCUCUGAACUUACGGCUCCCAUCAUCUCUGGUUGUGCUUGCUGGAGCUGAUAGGAGCUGUUGAUCAGCAACAUCUGGAAAGCCAAAGGUUUCCCACACCUCCCCUUGCAGAAGGGCCUUUUUAAUGGAACAAUCUACUCAGGGCGGUCCAUCAAACCUAGAUACUCCCUGAUUUCAGGUGCCAGUCUAAUUCCUGAGCUUGUUCUCCUUUUCUCUGAUAAACGUCUCCCAGCCAGGUGUUUGUAUCAUUUUCUUGAUUUGUGCUGUUUUUGAUUUUAAUUGUUAGCUACCUUGUGACAUUGCUAAAACAUAUGGCUAUCCAUUUAAAAAGGAAACAGUGACUAUACAGAUGCCACCAGGAGAAUAAGAAGCAGGGGUAAAGAUAUGUCAGAAGGCCACUGAACCUAUGACAAAAAACCCCAGACAAAGUCACGCUAAAGUGACAUUUUGGUCUACUGUCUUGCUUCAGAAUAGCAGUCAAUGCCCAAACAUUGACAACAACAUCUACCCCCAGUGUGGGAACCCUAGUGCCAAAUUUGGCAAAGACAUCUUGAGGUAGCCAGUACUAUGGAGAACAGAUGGACAGACAGACAAAUCACUUUCCAAAAUAUAUAGCAGAUUGGUGGUACUCAACAGGCAGGUUUGUGUGGGACGAAUCAUACUGUUGGAAUGGUCCUCAGGGGUCAUCUAGUCCAACCCCCUGCCAGUGUAGGAAAUUUAUUACCGCAGCAUCCCUGAUCACUGGCCAUCCAGAUUGUGUUUCGAAACCUCCAGCAAAGUUGCGAGUCCACCACCUUCCAAGGCAGUUGGUUCCACAGCCAGAACACCUACGCCAUCAGGAAGGUCUUCUGAAUGUUUUGUGUUAAGGAUAAAGGAGGAGACUCUUGUUAUGAGUAAAAGUGGUGGCUUGUCAGGGGAGCAGGGCAGUUUAAUGGACUAGUGUGGAAUACAACAGUCGCAUCAUGGCAGUGACUUCUGUCUUUGCACUUCACCUUCUCCUCCCCUAUCUCUUUCCACCUCCUACCUCUUCCCCAGGCCUCCAGGUGCUUAACGUCCAGCUGGAAUCACAGAGUGUGCUGGUGGAGACUAGCCUUGGUGCUGAGAAGGUCCAAAGCCUAUUGGAGAGCACCGGACGCAGUGCUGUGCUGAAAGGGAUGGGGGCUGCUGUGCCUGGUAAGCUGAUUCUGCCUCACCUCCUUCCAGCUUCCCACCUAGAAUAUCUCCACAACAAACUUCAAAACUGGUUUUCAAUAGGUGCCAAGCAUCACGGCUUCUUCAUCUCCUCCCAAGUGAAUAUUGGCAAUUUUAGCUAACCAGGGGGUUGGGUGAGGGGCGGGCUAAGGAUUUUUAUCAGAAAAUGUGCUGGUACAGAGAAGAAGAGUGGCUAGAGCAGGAGUUGUCAACCUCCCCUCCUGCCAUCGAGAGUGACAUUUGCUCAUGGGCAACUUGUCAGUGGCUGUCGGCCAUCUUCUCUCUUUCUCCACCCAUCAGUCUGUGUGGGGGAUCGACAAGCCAUCCCUGCCAAAGGCCUAAAUGGGUAACUUGCCGAGGACUUUUGACCUUAGGCCUAGGGCUAGAUCACUGGAUCAGAGUAGACUCAUGGAAAUUAAUUAACAUGACUAAUUUAAGGCCAUUAAUUUUAACAACCCACUCUAAGUAGAACUUAGUUGGAUACCACCCAUGAUUGCCCACCACCACCAAAAUUGAUAAGUGGGGAUGGGGAAGAUAGUGACCAAGCGGGGUUGAACUCCCUGUGCACCAUCUGAUGGGUGGAGGGUUGCAAUUCUGCUUUCUACACAGAUGGGCUGCAUGUGUCAGUUCCCCACCAAGAACUGGCAUAUGCAGCUGAACUUAGCAGGACUGAAUCCUCUGCCCAUCUGCAGGUUCAGCCCUGCGAGAUGCAGGGAUCAACUGUGUGUGCCACUUCAAGUCCUGGAAAGUCAAGCAGGGGAAAACUCCCUGCUCAGUACCCAUAGGCUGUUCACAGGGGUUGACAGCACCCAUCAAACAUUGUGAUGAUGUCACCUGAUUGACAGGUAGCCGUGGUUUAACCACAACAGCCUUGCAGGCAAAAAUAGGAACCCCUAGCAAGCUAAGGGUGUCACAUGGGUCAGAAGUUUCUCACCCCUGUCCUAGGGCCACAGGCUGCCUACCCCUAUUCUAGAGCGUUCAUUGUUAUUGCAGGAGUUGCAGAUUCUCUCGCCCUCCCUGCUUAUGUGUAAAAGCAUCAUUAUUAACAACACAGUUUCUUUAUAAGUUCCAACUUUAACUUAAGAUUUCUGCCUUAAGGUUCCACCCUAAGAUCACAGUCACAGCAACAUUGUUUUCCCACAAUAUUCUUUCCCCACAGAGGAAGUGAUGGCCAAUUUACUUUCAGUUUCCCAGCCACAAGAAGAAGAAAAAGAAAGAAAGAUUUCCCCUUAGUUGCUUAAUCUUUAUCGUCAAUCAUAAAUCGGGCUUUUUGCUGUGCCUUAGACACUUUAACGACCAGUUUUCUCUCUCUUAUUAAAGACAGAAAGUGGCUCUUGCAAGUUUUCCGACAGUGAGUUUUCAUCUGCCGGCUGAUAAAUCUUGCUGUUACAGGCUAUCCUGUCCCAAAAAUGUUUAAGGGAGGAAGCAGAACUUAUGAAGGGUUCUUAUGAGGAGUUUGGAUGCAGUGUCAGUUCAGACAGCAGAAAACAGUUUUGAUCAGAGCAUUUGAGGUUACUCCCUUGAUCACUCUUUAUCCCACUGUGAUUUCGUCUGAUUACCAUCAAUCGCCACAAAAUUAACUUCUGUCAGCAGAGAGUAGACAGAGAGACAGUCAGUCUGCCAUUUCCUCCCCUGGAAGUCUCUUGGUCCUGAGAGUGACAUAUGCAAGGGAACUCCUCGAAGCAAGCAGCAAACUUGUGCGACCUCUUCCCUUUAUAGGGAGUCUCGGUGCUGCCGCUGUGGCAAUGGUGUCUGGCCCAGGGUUGGUCCAGGGUGUGGUGAGGUUCUUGCAGCUGUCCCCACAAAGCUGCCUCAUUGAUGGUGCCAUUGAUGGUCUGGAGCCGGGGCUGCACGGCCUGCAUGUGCAUGAGUUUGGGGAUGUCACCAAUUCCUGCGACAGGUGAGAGGCAUUAACAGGCACCUUCUGAGGCUUCUCCUUGGCUUUAGGGAGCCCUUUCUUUCACUGACUCUCGGUAUCAAAACUUUUCUUGUGUCUCAAACAGCUGUGGAGACCACUUCAAUCCUCAUGGGGAAUGUCAUGGGGGUCCCCAGGAUGUUCAUAGGGUGAGUUUGUGGCAUCACCAGGUAUUAAAUUCCUUAAGGCAGGGGUGGGAACCCUCCAGGUCCCUCCUGAUGUCGAGGUGGUUGUUUUGUUUUCAUAUUGAUGAGUGCUGUGCUUUAACUCUGCAUUUUUGUUCUGCUCAUAAGUCACCAAAAGACUGUUUUUUAACUAGGUGACUGAUAAAUGAAAUUAAUUGUUAAACCGGGACCAUGAGCCAGUUUAAAGAACUUUCAGUUGAUUAAUUACAGUAACCAAGUGUGUAACUGAUAAUGUACAAGCUAUUGUUCAUUUGUUAGAAGGGGCACCCCCUUUCAUUCCCUAUUGCAAUAACUUUUCAGAUCCAAAAUAACCUCAAAAAUAAAUAAAGAACUGUGUCCUGAACUCUCAUUGUCUCCAAUUAAAACCUGCCCAUAGUGAUUUAAAAUUUACUCCCAACCAAUUAAUAAUAAAGUAACUGAAUGAAAUGAAACGUUUGCAGCCCUGAUUUGGAACCCACUUCCAAUUUUGGGAGUUAAGGGCAGGCUAAGCAUCCAUUUGUGGGUGUGAUCCAGUGGUGUGAACUUUUAUAUCUUUAAAAAACACAAGAAGUGGGCAGAGGGUGAGCGUUGAAGGAGAGGCAAGCAUCUUUUGCCUUCUUCAGGGAAAGGCAGCAUUUGGUGAAAGCUCUUUAGAAUCAGACGAAUUUGGUGUAGCACUCGCAGGUUCCCUCAGGCUGCCAAAUUGACUGCCACCAACAACUUUUUCUGCUUCCCUGCCAAACUCAUGGGGAGAUCCAUGCCUAAGCCCAUGCAUGGUCCCUUGCCAUGUAAAUUGCACUCCUCCAACAGUUACUUGAUGGGCUGGCUGGGAGCAUGGUUGUGAUGGGGAGGAAGGCAUGGAGGAAGGCAAGGGAUUAACAUGUGUUUGUGUUGCGUGUAUGAGAGGGAGGGAGAGAGAAAGGGAACGGACAUAGUGGUUUUGGGCUGAGCUGCCCAGAAUCUAACUGUGCUUCCUGGGGGUCUGUUUGCAGCAUGCUGGGGAUCUUGGAAAUAUCUUGGCGGCUGAUGAUGGAAGGGCUUCCUUCCGGAUGGAAGACAACCAGCUGAAGGUGAGGCUUCCUAGAGGAUGUGAGGGGCACAGUGAGUGGGCUUGUGAUCAAAAAAACUGAUAGAAACAACAAGACACAGGACAGCUGAUUCCUUUUCCUUUCCCCUUUCUUCAGAAUCAAUAGAUCCCUUCUUCCAGUGUAGGAAAAUUUUAUAGUUUGAUUGUUCAUUAACUCCUGUAGGGAUGGCAUCGCAGAGUGAGGGCACACCCUCCUCCGCAGCAUAAGAUAAGCUACAGCUGUCUAGCCGCCAUGUCCACUCCUUGACCUUUUGUCUCCUCAGCAGUGUUCAAUGUCCUGACCUUUACCUCCUUUGCAAAUGUAUCACUCAUUUUCCCCUGUAAUAGGAAUAUGGCGUGGUGGAGCAAGUUGCAUAGAUAACUAGGCAACACCCAGGGGGCUCGGGAUUGGAGAAGUAUAAAGGGCAAAGUCCUGAAUGUAUCUUGCUGGUUUUGUAUAUCUUGCUGAUAAAAAGAGCCUUUGUUAAGCUAGCAAUCAGCUUGGUCGUGCACAGCUCACUUGCAUCCCAACUCCCGUGUCGGCUCUGUUAUGUCUACAAACUCCAGUAUCUUUUCCACAGAGCAAACCUUGUGCUGUAUUAAACAGACUUUCCUGAGCUCCCUCCUAUCAAUGCACACCACACCCACCCCUGCCUCAAGGCUUUGUGUGACGCAUUUCCCAGUCAAAAUGACCUUUCUGUGGUAUUGCUCAUGAAACCUGCUUUGCCUGUCAGUUUUCUUCUGUUGUUGGCAGCUUCUCUCAGAGCAUUGAGAGUGGUCAGGAACACACCGUGUUGCAGCACUUCAUCCAGUGGCCAAACAGUUUUGUUAUGACCCAAUAGUUUGGGCAGAGUUGUUUUCAGUUUAGGAUAAAGUACAGUAGUGCCCCUUGCACGGCCAGCAUUGCUGGGAGCUGCCACCAUCACUAGAGCGACAAGGACUGGUUGCACAUGCAUUGCUAUGCUCCAUUUUAGGUUCAUGACAUCAUCGGCCGCUCACUGGUGGUAGACGCAGGGCAGGACGACUUGGGCCGUGGAAGCCACCCGCUCUCAAAAGUCACUGGAAAUUCGGGUGAGAGGUAAGAAGGAUUAGAGUUUGUUGAGUUCUCUUUGUCUGCUGCAAGGUGGGACACCUGACCUAGGAAGCUGUCUAAAACCAGGGCAGAUUCUUUGUCCAUCAGACAUAGCAUUGCCUACUCUGGCUCACUGAAAACCAACAGGGCCUUUGGCAGACCCAAGUCUUUCCUGUUACCUGGAGGUUGCUUGCCUGGACUCCUCAGAGCCUUGAGGAAAAGGUUAGCCAGUGAUUGAUCGCCCAACCGGUUUUCCAUUUAAACAGGUACCGCAUGGUGAGGAACUGUCAGCAUGUAGACCUCCAGGCCUCCCCAUUCGGUCCAUGAGGCCAUUUUCAGUAGGCCAUGCCACCCAUAUGGCCAUGGGCAAAGGGCAAGACUUCAGAGGAGCAAUCGGGAGCUUAAAGCUCCCAGUUGUUCUUUGGUCAAGCAAGGUGCACCCAUAAGACUGCUCCUUCACACCCUCCCACCAGUGCUUCUCCUUCAAACUUCUGCAUUGCAAAAACAGGUCACCUGAUAACAUUCUGACAUCCAGUAGGUGUCCCCAACCACUUGUAAAAUUUUGUUGCAGGGGUGGGAGGUAUAGGGGAGAUAAGGAUCCUGUUCUUGCCAGCCAGAUCAUUUCCCCACCCACCACGAUAUGCAGUGCAUCUCUGGAGUUGGAUUUGACUGUGUCGUCUGCUGGGUCUUCUUUUGUGUUUGUGGCUGUUUUUUUAAUAUCAUUUUUCAAACAUACCCAAGUCUUUCCAGAGCUUGAGCUGUGGGAAGGCAGCUGCAAAACUAUUUUAAGUCAAUAAUGCAGCGGUUCUCAACCUGUGGGUCCCCAGAUGUUGUUGGACUACAACUCCCACCCCUGGGCUCUGGCCUUCCUAGCUAGGGGAGAUGGGAGUUGUAGUUCAACAACAUCUGGGGACCCACAGGUUGAGAAAGGCUGCAAUAAUGGGAUGCAGAAACCUGGUCUAGGGGUCCUCUCUGCAGCUAAGGACUUAAGCCACCUUCCUUUUCCUUCCCAGAGUGGCCUGUGGAAUCAUUGCGCGCUCCGCCGGCCUCUUCCAGAACCCCAAGAAAAUAUGCACCUGUGAUGGAGUGACGCUGUGGGAAGAACGGGAGCGUCCUGCAGCCAAGCCAGACUGGAAAGCCGCUGGCCAACCCACCUCUCAUCUCUAGGCUUUGCAGUUCUGCCCAGGCUCUCCUUGGGCUAGGACGUCCCGAGGGUUCCAGCUGCUUUCAUUUUCCUGUGUCUCCUAAGUGCAAUGUGUUAGGCAGGAGUUCAACAGGUGCUGCUUUGUAGUGGCGUAGUAAUGGCAAGCGCUUAGCCCCUUGAAUGUCUUAAUUGUGAAGUUCUUAAACGGCACAGGAGGAGGAAAUGUAGCCUAUUCAGCAGUGACAUGGUAAAGCAUCAGUCCUUGUGAGGUAUGUGUCAAAUGAAUGAAUUCUUGUCUGAAUUCUAAAAUCGUCAUUUGUGAGCAAAGAGUUUGUUGGAAAGUGUUGUUGCUCUUCCAGUGUCUUUGGGCCACCCAUAAACAAGUCCGCUAACUUUAUCUUUGGGUGUUUCAAGUGCCUUAUUUUCAGACACACUCACUUUGAUUGUAGCCAAUGAGUCCUACUCUCAAGUAUAUCCAUUGGAAAUCAGUGGCUUAAGUUAAUCAUGGCCCUUGGUUUCAAUGGGUCUACUCUGGUAGGACUUCGCUGGCUGCUUCUCACUUUCUUGACCUUCUCUGUUGCCAAUUAAGGAUCUUGGUUGAACUUUGGAGGUGGUGUUUUCUGCAAUAAACCUUCACUAUGAUUCUGUAUAUAAUCCAAGGUAAAUGAACACAACACUUAACCAUUGGUACUCCAGGUCUUGUUGGACUCCCAACUCCCAUCAGCCUUGGCCAUUGGCCAGUGCUGGCUGGGGCUGUAGAGAGUUGAAGUCCCAGAACACCUGAAGGGGCACACAGGUUUCCCAUCUUUGCCCUUGGGACACAGAGUUGGGGAAGGUAAUGGGUGGCUAUCCCCCCAUCUUUCAGUGCAUGUUUAAUGAGCAGAAUAGGGAAACUAAUCCAGCUUAAUAAUUGUGAGUAUGGAAACACAGGAGGGGGCGUUAUUGUGAAUUAAUAAAUAAAUGCACAGUAGUUGUCAUGUUGGGUUUGUGGCUGCCUUAUGUGCUACAGUGCAUGUUUUGGGGAGAUGGGAAGGGGAAUCCAUGACUUCUGAGGUGUGCAUACUCUAGACCCGUGCCAUUAUGCUCUUAAUAGAACCAUUAAAACUUAAAAUUCUUUUUAGUAGCUAUCCAGUCUUAUUUGGCUUGACA